UUCUCCUCUGGGCAGAUGCUGGAGACGGACGCCGAGACGCCGGGGCAGAUGCACUCGGAGGAUGGGAAGGCAGCAGUGGGUGCUGCCCCUCUGGCUGCCAAGGCAGCAUCUCUGGCCGAGCCCUGGGACGCUCUGGGAGCCACCCAGGCUCCUCUCCUGGCGGAGAAGCAGCCGAUGGCCACSGCUAAGGGAGAGGAGCAGCCCAGCUCCCUGCCGGCCUUUGUCAUCCCCGAGCUGCGGCUCGACAGCACCUUCAGCCGGAGCGCGGCGGGCACGGCGGGCAGCACCACGGACGGCGAGGACGACGAGGAGGACGAGGAGGAGGAUGAGGAGGAUGAAGAUGAGGAGGAGGAGGAGGAGGACAGCGACGAGCAGUACCUGGACAGGAACGAGCUGAAGCGCAGCAGCAUGAUCGAGACGUCGGGCGGGCAGSCCGGCUACACGCUGAGCGUGCAGGGAUCGCUGCGGCGCCGCACCCACAGCGAGGGCAGCCUGCUGCAGGAGGCCAAGGGCCACUGCUUCACCUCGGACACCACCCUCAACUGCUCCGAGGGCCAGGGCACCGCCGCCCACUGGGCACUGCCCUCCCCCAGGACCCUCAAGAAAGAGCUGGUCAAGAACGGCGGCUCCAUUCACCAGCUGACGCUGCUGUUUUCGGGCCACAGGAAGCUGAGUGGAGCUGAYGCCGAGUGCAGCUGUGACGAAGGGGACGAGACUUCCCGCAAGAAAAGAAGCAGGAGCCUAGCCAAGGACAUGAAGAACCGGCUGGGGAUAUUUCGGCGGCGGAAUGAGUCCCCCGGGGCCAACCCCUCCGGCAAACUGGACAAAGUCCUCAAAUCUCUCAAGCCCACUCCCGAGGAAGCGCUCAAGUGGGGGGACUCCCUGGAGAAGCUGCUGCUGCACAAAUAUGGGCUCGCUGCCUUCAGRGCCUUCCUGCGCACYGAGUUCAGYGAGGAGAACCUGGAGUUCUGGCUGGCCUGUGAGGAGUUCAAGAAGAUCAAAUCCCAGUCCAAGAUGGUCUCCAAGGCCAAGAAGAUCUUCGCUGAGUACAUUGCCAUCCAGUCCUGCAAGGAGGUCAACCUGGACUCCUACACACGGGAGCACACCAAGGAGAACCUGCAGAACAUCACCCGCAGCUGCUUUGACCUGGCUCAGAAGAGGAUUUACGGGCUCAUGGAGAAGGACUCGUACCCCCGCUUCCUCCGCUCCGACCUCUACUUGGACAUAAUCAACCAGAAGAAAGGCAGCUCCCCGCUGUAGGCCCAAGGACAGUCUCGGGGCAGGCUGGGAGCUGUGUGUUUACAUGGAAUUGGGCAGUGGAGGCCUUYCUGGGAGCUGGUGGGAGCUCGCUGUCCUGCCGGUGACCCCAGGCUGUGUGGACAUGGGGCGGCUGAAGGCACCAAGCUCGGGGCCGAGGGCACCCAGAGGCCGAGCAGGCCGGUACUGCUGCACCACCCCGUCUCACCAUCGCUGGUACGACGCCGUCGGGGUGGCCCCGGCACGGAUUUAGCCAGGAGGGAAGCUCCCACGAGACUACUGUGAAGCACCUGCCCCAGCCGUGAGUGUUGCUGGAAGGUGGAUAGCCAGCCCAGCUCGGUGAGGAGGGCAAUUCCUGCACAGGGCUCUGGCAAGGGGACGAUGGCACCACCACCAACAUCGCCCCGGAUCAAAGCCUUGGAACUGGAGCAUCCCCAGGACGCUGCUGUGCUUCCCCGUGCCUCCCAGCUGCCCCGGAGCAGCUCUGGCAGGAGCUGGUGGUGGGUGCCCCGGGAGCUGGAGGUCCUGCCCCUGCGCUGGAGGUGUGCAAAGCGCCCUCGUGCCCUCCCCCCCUGGUUUAUUUAUUGCCCUCCUGUAGCCGGACACGUUGCUGUGCGCUAGGAGCCCCUGUGUCCCUCCCCGUUCUCAGUUACAAGUGCAAUAUUUGUGUGUGUCGCGGCCGCGCUCUCCGGCGGAGCGGAUGCUGUUUCUUUUCGCGGGUGUGUAGGUUUUGUGAGGUAGCGGGCUGUGCGUGCCAGACCCGUUCCCUGGCAGCGGGCCGCCGGGGGAGCCUGCUGUAAAUAUCCAUAUCUCGAUCCCUGACGAUGGAGGGGGCGGCCGUGGGGAAAAGCGGCUCCGUGUGCGGCCGCCCUCCCCUCCUGACUCCGGAUAACAAUGCUGUGUUUUGGGAAGCGGGGAUUCCUGCUGGCCCUGGCAGGGUGGGAUGCGCUGCCCACCUCCCAGUUUACAGUGCAAAGCAUCUCUGCAGCUAGAAAAACAACUGCAUUGUCAUGGUCAUAGGUAAAUAAAAGGAGAAUAUCAG